AUGUCAUCUAUCAGAUCAUUUGGUGAAAAAGCAACUUUGCUAUCAUCAAUACUUUUGACCUUGAUUGGACUAGGCUUAAGUAUUGCUGCUAUAUUACUUCCAUCAUGGCAGGUUGUCAAUUUGAGAGAAUAUAAUUCUAUACAUGAACACGGUCUGUGGCUUGACUGUACUAGACAUAGCAGAGAUGCAAAUGCUAAUGUUUUACUUAGACGGUAUACAACAUAUUCGGAACCUUUGCAUUGUGUCUAUAAAUUUGAUUACGAUAAAUAUUCGGGAACAUUUGAUCUCGAGGAUGAUAACAGUCCCGUUGGCGAGGUAAAUAGGCAUAAAUUUUAUGGUUGGCAUACCUCAACGUUAAUUCUACUUGGAAUUGCAGUUCUAACUUCAUUUUUAACAAUAUGCGUUGGACUUUGUGCAUGUUGCUAUGGAUCUCUCGCAUUUAUAUUUACAGCUAUCAUACUUCUCACAACAUUCCUAUCAACGAUAGCUGAAGGCAUUUUUUUUUUCUUCUCGCAUAGGGCUGAUAAUCGCUUUAUAAAAGGAAUCGUUGGAACUUACGAGCAGCGGGUUGGCCUGGCAUUUUUCUUGCAGAUGGCAGCAUGCGCAUGUCAUUUUCUCGCUUUUCUCAUAUCACUUGUUUACGUUUAUUUUUCAUUUACUUCAAAAGACGAUCUUAGCGAUAAUUAUAGCCUUAACAGAAGCUCGAAAAUGACAACAACAAGUACGGGGCGCAUGAUGGAUUUUGAACCACAAAUGACUUUUCAACAACAUCUUCACCCAGCAAGCAUACGUCCACCAUAUUAUUCAAGACAAGAACACUAUCAAAAAAAUGCGGUCGGCAGUAUGCCUGAAUUAGGAAUUCGCCAUCCAUCCAUCGAUGAAAUUGGCCAACGAGUAAGAACAAAAAGUGAAACAUGCGUGUGA